AUGUCGGGAAAGCGGGGUGGGAAAAAGGGUAGCGCAAGCAGUGGUGGAUCGAAAAGGCCUCGAAGAUAUUCAGAUGGCAGCGACAGUAAGAGCGAGAACGAACGGGCGCCGAAGAGAGCUCGGGGUCAGUCACGCACGCGAACAAACUCGACUGCUCAAGACAAUAGUUCUCGAUCUGGAGAGGAUGCUCGGCGCGUGUCCAAUCAGAACUUCUCAGACACGUACGGGGACGAGCGGCGCAGAGGAAGUUCCAGCCGACAGGGCCGGGCAGCUGAUCGCGCUGAUCGCGAUGACCGACGCACAUCCGUGCCCACAGAUCGUGCUUAUCUAAGGCCAGAAGGCGACAGGAACCAGCCGAACUCUCGUGACGACCGCGCUAGAUUGCCUGCUGCCGCUGCCCUGUAUGAUCGCAUACAGACUCGAAGCCAGCCACAACCGCCACCACAACCCCAAGGCGUUGCUCCUAACCAGCAGAUGCCGCCGCCAUGGUCGCCACCAACGGCGCCUCGAGAAAUGCGGGAUGGACAGACAACGGAUAACUGGUCAGGCAGAGGCAACCCUGCACGAGGUAGUCCUCGAGGAGGCGGUCGUCCACGAGGCGGCGGUCCACGAGGCGGCGGUCCACGAGGCGGCGGUCCUCGCUCUGACACUCACAUGGGCGGAAUGGGCAGCCAACUCACCGGAGAUGGGCCGUCGACCGCUCGCCCACCAAGCGGCCUGGGAACUAACAGCAGUCAGACGACAAAUGCGAAGAACCCAGGCAUGAAAGCCUUCACUGAUGACUGGAGAGUUCCUCCUGCACCGCCCAACCGCAUGCUCAGACCGGGCAUGAUCAUAAGAGCAUUGGUUUACGAACGACCUUACCUAGAAGGCUUGCGGACUGCCAGGAAUGAGCUGGCCGAGUACAAAAGGACGAACGACGAUGAAGAGCUGCAAGGCGCUUUCAAGAGUAAGGACGGUGUAUACUUUGAGGACUGUAAAUCGACCCAGCCCCUCCUGCAGAAGAAACGCUUCCUGGUCGUCGUCCGAAUAGGAACAACGAGGAUCAUUGCUCUGCCGUGCUACACGCACAAAGGCAGAGGAGCCAACGGAACUGGUUACUCGAGGGAAGAAGUCGGCAUCCGCGAUGAUCGAGCGUGGCCCAUUGGACGACAAUGGGUGAGGCGAGGGGUCCACGAACCUCUGAUCACGCGCAACAUGACUCACGAGUAUGUCAUCAAGGCAGAGACGACCGCGGACAUGUCGAACCCAAUGACGUUCGCCAUCGAUGAUCCUUCUUGGACCAUAGUAGGUGACAUUCGCAAAGACAGCUUCAUCCACUUGAAGAGAAUCUUGAGCAGCGAUGGUUGGAACCUCAUAUCUGAGGACGUACUCCCGGAUGACGAGGAUGGCAAUGAGCCAGUCGAACCUAGCAACUUCCAAGGCUACCACCAUGCCGCAAGUGUCGUCAAUGCUCCAAUAGAUGAGGCACUGAGCAGACGACGAGAGGAUGCUGCCAGACGUGCGGAGAUCGAUGCAGUUCAGGAAUCAGUCCGCGCAAGGGAGGCAGCCAGAGAGGCCGCCCAGGCUGAGCGUGAACGAAUUCGGGCGGAAGCUGCGAACGCAGUACGCCGCCCGGCGCCUCAACCCACCCAGAAUCGAGAAAGGUCGAGAACCACCCCUUCACCUCCAGGAGGCGGACUUCGGCGGAGUUCACGAUUCACUGGCGACCCACCUGCCUCUCCUGAAGGGCUGCCAUUUUGA